AUGGCUGACUCCUGCAUCUCCAGUUCUCUGAAGGCAACCUAUCCAUCAACUUCCCCAUUAAAGAUUCCAUUUUUAUCAUGCUUUUCUGCUUUGUGGGUCUACUCUAAGGUGGUUAUGUUAGGUGUUUCCUUUCUUGAGCAUGCGCAAAGGUAUAAUGAUGCUAUAAAUUUACUCCGGAGGUUGCUUAAUAAUUUUACUUCUGAUCGAAGAAGAGGAUAUUGGACUCUCAGGCUGUCAAUUGAUUUGGAGCAUGUGGGCCGUCUUGAUGAGAGUCUUUCGGUUGCUGAAGAUGGGAUACUAGAUCCAUGGGUUCGUGCUGGUUCUAGAGUUGCACUGCAAAUGCGGGUUCUGCGCUUGGGGAAACCUCCAAGACGCUGGAAAACUCCUAGUUAUUCAGACUCUGUCAAGCGGAAGAUUGCUGAGGUUCAUGUUCAAGGUAGACCAUUGAACUGUGAAACAGGGAUGAAGAGUAUAUUUUAUGGUCAAGAUGGAGAACAAUGUGGAGUAGAGCAGCUUGCUUUGGCAGUAUUAUUCUGGAGAGAAGGCGGUGGGAUGGUGUUCACACAGAGAGUGGCAUUUGGUUAA